AUGGCCGAUAUGAUGUCUUAUCUCCUCUUUGGAGAUCAGUCGCUUGACACCCAUGGAUUUCUCGCCGAGUUCUACCGUUCAGGAAAUCCGAGCACCCUUGCGAAGACGUUCCUCGACCAGGCUGGCCAGGCAUUGAGGGAGGAGAUCGAUGGUUUGGGGAAGUUGGAACGGUCGAAACUCCCUACGUUCCUGUCACUCCGCCAACUCAACGAGCGAUACCACGCCCAGAGCAUCAAGCACCCGGGCAUCGACAGUGCCCUGCUUUGCAUCACCCAGCUGGCCCACUACAUCGACCGCACCGAGAAGGAGCCUCAAGAUGGCGCUCCUCAUGAUCACACAUUCUUCAUGGGUCUUUGCACGGGGCUGUUCGCCGCCGCCGCGAUCGCCUCGACCCCUUCAGUCUCUACCUUGAUACCCAUUGCCGUUCAGGUAGUCCUCAUGGCCUUCCGAACCGGCUCCCACGUCGGUUCGCUGGCCGAGAGGCUCAGCCCGCCGGUCGGUCAAUCUGAACCCUGGACACACAUCCUUCCUGGCCUGAAGGAAUCCGACGCCAAAGAGGCACUUACUAAUUUCCAUGAAUCUAAUUACAUCCCCGUCGCCAGCCAAGCAUACGUUAGCGCUGUGUCGUCAUCCAGCCUGGCGAUCUCAGGACCGCCUGCUACCCUCAGAGCGCUCGAGGACCAGAAUGUCUUCGGCGUCAAGCCUACGGCUAUCCCCGUGUACGGUCCCUACCACGCCGCUCACCUUCACGGCACCGCCGACAUCGAGAAGAUUCUUCGCCUCAACGACCCCAAGGUCGUCGAGAUCUUCGCCAAGAGCAAGCCUCGCUCCGCCAUCAUGUCCGGAACCAAGGGAAUCUGGUUUGCCGAGACCGACACCAAGUCUCUCCUUAAGGCAGUUGCCCACGAGUGCCUCGUCGACGUUCUUCAGUUCCAGAAGGGUAUUGAGGGAUGCAUCGAGACGGCCCGCGACUUCGAGGGAUCGACAUGCCUCGUCAUCCCCUAUGGUCCCACCCACAACGCCGAGACUUUGUCGAAGCUGAUCAAGGACCGCACGCAGCUCGAUGUCCAGGUUCGUCCUGGACCCAAGAUCCAGAGAGAGAGCAUCAACUCUCCCAUCGGAAACCACGGGUCCAGCGGAAAGUGCAAGCUGGCUAUUGUCGGUAUGGCCGGUCGUUUCCCUGACGCCGCCAGCCACGAGAAGCUUUGGGAGCUCCUCUCGAAGGGUCUUGACGUUCACAGGGUCGUUCCUGCUGACCGUUUCCCCGUCGCAACUCACUACGACAUCACUGGCAAGGCUAUCAACACGAGUCACUCCCAGUACGGUUGCUGGAUUGAGAACCCUGGCUACUUCGACCCUAGGUUCUUCAACAUGUCUCCCCGUGAGGCGUUCCAGACCGACCCCAUGCAGCGUAUGGCCUUGACUACUGCCUACGAGGCGCUCGAGAUGUGCGGUUAUGUCCCCAACAGAACGCCCUCGACGAGACUGGACCGCAUUGGUACAUUCUACGGUCAGACUUCUGACGAUUGGCGUGAAAUCAACGCUGCCCAGGAGGUCGACACCUACUACAUCACCGGUGGUGUGCGAGCCUUCGGCCCUGGUCGUAUCAACUACCACUUCGGCUUCAGCGGCCCGAGUUUGAACAUCGACACGGCCUGCUCUUCCAGUGCCGCUGCGCUGAACGUCGCUUGCAACUCUCUGUGGGUGAAAGACUGUGACACCGCCAUUGUUGGUGGUCUCUCCUGCAUGACGAACCCGGACAUUUUCGCCGGUCUGUCUCGUGGCCAGUUCUUGUCGAAGACCGGCCCCUGUGCCACCUUCGACAACGGUGCCGAUGGUUACUGCCGUGCUGACGGUUGUGCCUCGGUCAUUGUCAAGCGCCUCGACGACGCCAUUGCCGACAAGGACAACGUCCUCGCCGUGAUCUUGGGCACCGCGACGAACCACUCUGCCGAUGCCAUUUCCAUCACUCACCCCCACGGCCCUACCCAGUCCAUCCUGUCGAGACACAUUCUCGACGAGGCUGGCGUCGACCCCCUCGACGUUGACUACGUUGAGAUGCACGGCACUGGUACCCAGGCUGGUGACGGCACUGAGAUGGUCUCCGUGACCAACGUCUUCGCCCCUGCUGAUCGCAAGAGACCUGCCGACCGCCCUCUUUACCUUGGUGCCGUCAAGUCCAACGUCGGUCACGGCGAGGCUGCUUCAGGUGUCACUGCUCUUACCAAGGUCCUGAUGAUGAUGCAGAAGAACGCCAUCCCUCCCCACGUCGGUAUCAAGAAGGAGAUCAACAAGACGUUCCCCAAGGACUUGUCGGAGCGCAACGUCAACAUCGCCUUCCACCUCACCCCCUUCAAGAGGAGAGACGGCAAGCCUAGACGUAUCUUCGUCAACAACUUCAGUGCCGCUGGUGGUAACACUGGCCUGCUGUUGGAGGAUGCGCCCCAUCUCAAGGCGCCCGAGUCCGACCCUCGUAGCGUCCAGGUCGUCACGGUUACUGGCAAGUCCAAGGCUGCCAUGAUCCGCAACGCCGAGAGACUUGUUGGCUGGAUGGAGCAGAACCCCCAGACGCCUCUCUCUCACUUGGCAUACACGACCACUGCCCGUCGCAUUCAGCACUACUGGCGCAUGAACGUCGCUGCCUCCGACUUGCCUGAGGCCCAGCGCCUCAUUAAGGACAGGCUCAAGGAGAACUUCACUCCCAUCUCCACUCAGCAGCCCAAGGUUGCCUUCAUGUUCACUGGCCAGGGAUCUCACUACGCCGGCCUCGGCAAGGAUCUCUACGCGCACUACCGUGUUUUCCGUGAGAGCAUCGAAGAGUUUAACCAGCUGUCCCAAAUCCACGGCUUUCCUAGCUUCCUGCCUCUCAUUGAUGGUAGCGAGGCCGAUGUGACCAAGCUUUCGCCCGUCAUCGUGCAGCUUGGUCUGUGCUGCUUCGAGAUGGCGCUUGCUCGUCUGUGGGCCUCUUGGGGCAUCAAGCCCAGCGCUGUCAUGGGCCACUCCCUCGGCGAGUACGCUGCUCUCAAUGCCGCUGGUGUCCUGUCUGCCAGCGACACGAUUUACCUAGUUGGAGCUCGCGCCCAGCUCCUCGUCCAGAAGUGCACUGCUGGCACCCAUGCUAUGCUCGCUGUCACCGGCCCCGUUGACGCGGUCAUGGAGGCCCUCGGCGCCGAGGCUGAGGCUGUCAACGUUGCUUGCAUCAACGGCCCUCGGGAGACUGUUCUCAGCGGUGCGGCUGCCAAGAUCAGUGAGAUCUCCUCGCAUCUUGGCACUGCCGGUUUCAAGUGCACCCAGCUCAAGGUGCCUUUCGCCUUCCACUCUGCUCAGGUCGAUCCCAUCCUGGACGACUUUGAGACUCUCGCUCGUUCCGUGAGCUUCGAGAGGCCUCAGGUUCCCAUCAUCUCGCCUCUGCUUGGCAAGAUGGUUGAGAACGAGCCGGUCAAUGCCGCGUACCUUCGCAACCACGCCCGUGACGCUGUCAACUUCCUUGGCGGCCUUGUCCACGCCCAGCAGUCUGGUGCCGUUGACGAGAAGACCGUUUGGCUCGAGGUUGGACCUCACCCCGUCUGUGCCAACUUCGUCAAGUCUUCGUUUGGCAUCAGCUCGGUUGCUGUUCCCACUCUGCGUCGCAACGAGCCUACUUACAAGGUUCUCAGCAACACUCUGUGUGCUCUUCACACUGCUGGUAUCAACCUGGACUGGGAUGAGUUCCACCGCGACUUCAGCGAGUGCACUCGUCUCCUUGACCUCCCGACCUACUCCUUCGACGAGAAGAACUACUGGCUCCAGUACACCGGCGAUUGGUGCCUUACCAAGAACCGUGGUCCUUCCGCGGUCAAGGCUCCUCUCCAGAUCGAGCCUGCCAGGCCUAAGCUGUCCACCACCUCCAUCCACGCAGUCACUAACGAGGAUGUCAAUGGUGACAUUGCCCUCGUCGAGACCGAGACCAACCUCUCGCGCCCCGACACCCGCCCUCUCGUCGAGGGCCACUUGUGCAACGGCGCUCCUCUCUGCCCUUCCACCCUCUACGCCGAUAUGGCUAUGACUGUUGCCGACUACGCGUACAAGAUGCUCCGCCCUGACGCCGAGCCCGUCGGCCUGAACGUUGCCAACGUCGAGGUGCCCAAGACUCUCAUCUUUGACGAGAAGCUUGAUGCCCAUGUCCUCCGCACCACCGUCACUGCCAACGUCGCUCUGGGCUAUGCCGACGUCAGCUUCCACACUGGCGAGGGCUCUAAGAAGACCGAGCACGCUCACUGCAAGGUCGUCUACGGCAGCACUGAGCAGUGGGCUGACGAGUUCGAGCGUGUUAGCUACCUCAUCAAGGGCCGUAUUGACGCCCUCGAGGAGGCUGAGAGACAGGGCAAGGCGUCCAAGAUUGGUCGCGGACUGACCUACAAGCUCUUCACUGCUUUGGUCGACUAUGACAAGAAGUACCAGGGUAUGGAGGAGGUCAUCUUGGACAGCAAGACCUGCGAGGCUACCGCCAAGAUCAGUUUCCAGACCACGGAGAAGGAUGGCAGCUUUUUCUGCAACCCGUACUGGAUUGACAGCUGUUGCCAUCUCUCUGGUUUCGUCAUCAACGGUACCGAUGCCAUCGACUCGCGCGAGCAAGUCUUCAUCUCCCACGGAUGGGGCUCCAUGAGAUUCACCGAGAAGCUCGAUGCCUCCAAGACUUACCGCUCCUACGUUCGUAUGCAGCCUGUCAAGGGUACCAAGAUGAUGGCUGGUGAUGCUUACGUCUUUGAUGGUGACCGCAUCAUCGGUGUUGCUGGCGACGUCAAGUUCCAGUCCAUCCCUCGCAAGGUCCUCAACAUGGUCUUGCCUCCUCGUGGACGUGCCGCUGCCGGCUCUGCUCCUGCCGCCGCUGCCCCCAAGGCUGCUGCCCCCGCCAAGGCUGCCCCGGCCAAGGAGAAGAGUGGCAAGGAGAAGGCUACCAAGCAAGUCACCGCCAGCAACCUCAAGGCUGUCAACGCCAAGCUCGCCAAGCGCUCCGUUGUCCAAGACGUUUUCGACAUCCUGGCCAAAGAAGUUGGUGUCACCCAAGAUGAACUUGCUGACAACAUCGCCUUCACUGAUUUGGGCUGUGACUCCCUGAUGGCUCUGACCGUCUCUGGCAGAAUGCGUGAGGAGCUUGACAUCGACAUCGACUCUCAUGCCUUUGUCGAGUACCCGACCAUCGGUGCAUUCAAGGCUUUCCUUGCUCAGUUCGAGACCUCUGAUCGCAAGGACAGCUACGUCCAGGACUCUGGUGAUUCCAGCGGUUCCGUUUCCGAGACACCCGAGCUGGAGUCUGACUCCAACGUCACUACCCCUUACGAGGAGAGUGACCGUUCCGUCAAGGGUGACGGCGACGACACCGAAUGCGGUGACCUCCAGAACAUUCUUCGUGACACUAUCGCUACGGAGAUGGGCGUUGAGGUUGAUGAGAUUGUUGCGGCUCCAGAUCUGGCUGCUUUGGGCAUGGACUCUCUCAUGAGUCUCUCUAUUCUCGGCACCCUCCGCGAGAAGUCGGGCAUGGACAUUCCCAGCGACCUCUUCGUCACCAACCCCUCUUUGUUGGAGGUUGAGAAGGCCCUCGGUAUUGGCCCAAAGCCCAAGCCCGCGCCUGCGCCUAAGCCUGCAAAGGCUGCCUCGGCCCCUCGCCGCGAGAAGGUUGAGCCAACCAGGGAGAUCAACACUCACCCUGGCAACACCACUGCCUCAAUCACCAAGCCGCCCCCACCCAGAGAGAUCAUUGACAAUUACCCUCACCGCAAGGCCACCUCGAUCCUUCUCCAGGGAAGCACCCGCACCGCCACCAAGAACCUGUGGAUGGUACCCGACGGCAGUGGCUGCGCAACCUCCUACACCGAGAUCAGCCAGGUCUCCAGCCAGUGGGCGGUCUGGGGUCUCUUCUCCCCCUUCAUGAAGACCCCUGAGGAGUACAAGUGCGGUGUCUACGGUAUGGCUUCCAAGUUCAUUGAGGCUAUGAAGGCGAGACAGCCCAAAGGUCCCUACUCCUUGGCUGGUUGGUCCGCGGGCGGUGUCAUCGCCUAUGAGAUUGUCAACCAGCUCACCAAGGCCGGCGAGAGCGUCGAGAACCUCAUCAUCAUUGACGCCCCCUGCCCCAUCACCAUCGAGCCUCUCCCCAAGAGCCUUCACUCCUGGUUCGCCUCCAUCGGCCUCCUCGGUGAGGGAGACGACGACAACAAGAAGAUUCCCUCUUGGCUCCUUCCCCACUUCGCCGCCAGUGUUACUGCCCUCAGCAACUACACUGCCGAGCCUAUCCCCAAGGAGAAGUGCCCCAACGUUAUGGCCAUCUGGUGCGAGGACGGUGUCUGCCACCUUCCCUCCGACCCUCGCCCAGACCCCUAUCCCACGGGCCAUGCUCUAUUCCUCUUGGACAACAGGACCGACUUCGGUCCUAACCGCUGGGACGAGUACCUGGACGUUAACAAGUUCAGGACCAGGCACAUGCCUGGCAACCACUUCUCCAUGAUGCAUGGCGAUUAUGCCAAACAACUUGGACAGUUCAUUCGUGAAGCGGUUUGCGAGUAA